AUGAACAAAAACAGAAAUCAGAAGAUUUUGGAUCUUACCCUGGAGAUUAUUUACCUGGUGACUGGAGAGGUGAGGGAUUCUGGUAAUGGCAACAGUAUCUUUUGCAUCAUUCUUGUGGUUAUACAUAUUUUAGUUUUAGAGUGAAUGUAACAAAAGCUAAAUAUCUGUGUACUUAGAAGGGCAGAAAAAGCAAGCCAAUUUUGUGAAUAAUGUUAAACAAAACACUCAAAGCACCAUCACCAAUAAAGCUCACUGUAGUGGUGUUAGUGACAAACCUGCCUCCAUUGUAAGGGGUCAAACCCCACUCUCUGCCAUGGUUACCAUCUCCCAGGAGCCACAGUCCCCUAAUCAGGAACUUCCAUUAGCGUUUCUGAGCCAAGGCCCGCAAUGAGAGCAUAGGUUGAUUGUUCUUGACUAAUGAGCCAAGUCCUGCUGAUGAACUUCUGGCUCUGGUGAGAUGAUAAUGGAAGUGGGGAGUGGCGCACCUACCAGAUCCCAGGUAAGAGGUCAAACCAUUUCAAAAAAAAUUGCUUACAAUGUGGGGGUACCAGGACUUUCCCAGCACCCUAAAUACUACAGUGUUCUGCAAUGGUCAAGGUGCUUAACUGAACUCCUGGAUAGCUGAAACUGUCAUUUUGACUUCAUAUCCAACAGUUCACUUUGGUACUUCAAGGACGGCUUUGUUUGAAGGAACAAUUUAACAUACCUAGGGUUUGCCACUUGGUGGUCACAGCCUCCAUCCUGCACAAAGCAUCUAUUAGUGCUCCUGAGCUUAGCUUUGUUGUGCAAGGCUAGCUCACUUGCUGAGAGUGUCAGCUGAACUCUUGCAGUAAAUGAGUUUACCUUAGGUAAGUUGUCAAAUAGUGGUCAAUUUUCUUAUAAUGGCUACAUUUCUAAAACUGUUUCUUUAAGAUAUAAUAUAUCCUUUUUCCUUAAAUGCCCAUAUUUCUCCUAAUACAUAGGACUAUGUGGUUGUGAAAACGAAUGAUGGGAAUGCCCCACAUAGCAGGCGUCCUCUUGUGUCAGAAGAAUCCUAUAGUAUAAAUAACCCCAGCACUGUGCCUUUACUUCACUCACUGACACAUGACAGAAACAAUGAUAAGAAGAUUCUGGAACUGACCAAUCACAUCAUCCACCUGCUGACUGGAGAGGUGAGGCUGAUGGGAAUGGGACAUUAUACAGUAAAACCAAGGGAUGUGUCUGGAUGGUGACUGUAUCAUUGUGUGUGCCAGGUUCCAAUAAGGUGUGAGGAUGUCACAGUCUAUUUCUCCAUGGAGGAGUGGGAAUAUUUAGAUGGACACAAGGUUCAUUACAAGGAUGUGAUGAUUGAGAAUCACCAGCCCUUCAGCUCACUAGGUAAGAGGAUGUUUUUACAAAAAUAUUGCUUUUGUAAAGUAGGGAGGUGUAUGGGCAAAAAAAAAAUCUGUUCGUUACUUAUGAAAUUCAGAACUUCAGUUCUGCACUUCGCUAAUUCAGACAUUCGUAAGCAUCCCUCUCUUGCCACCACAACCACUUACACAUCUAUAUGGGCUCUCCGUGCCAGGAAUUAGCUUAUUGGUCUAGAUUUCUGUAAUCAUUCACAUAAUUUUCCUUCCCUCUCUUGUUUUUGCCAUUUUCAGAAAUCCAAAGCCCUUCGGCACUUCCGAAAUUCGGAAGCAUCCAAAUUGCCGAAAUUCAGCCGAAUUUACAUUCGGAAUGAAACUAAGUGCACAUGUCUAUUGUAAAGCAUGUGCAAACCUAGUAAUGUAUUAAUCUAGAUUGAGAGAGAAAAAAAAAAAGACUCAAGUUGAUGAAGUUCAGCGUUUCAGACAUCUUUUAAUGCUGUUCAUCCUAAUAAUGCAAAAAGCACAAGUUGAAGAAAGUUCAAAUGUUUCCACAAAAUGUAAAAAUUAAAAAAAAUCUUUCUUGUUUCUAAAAUGGUAAUCAGAUUUCUCUUCAAUACAUUAUUAUAUAUAAUUUUCAGAUACUUAAAUAUUUUUUUUAAAUACAUACACAAACUGAGCAAAUUUUUUUUUUUUCUCUCUGUUAAUCAUUAUUAUAAGCUCUGGCCUUUUCUAUCCUUAAAAAAGAAGAAAAGAAAAUACCCACGCAAACAAAACCGCAUUUGCACCAGUAAUCUAACAUAGAACCCUCCCCACAAUUAGCAUCAAAUAUCUUCAUAGAGGCAGAGAUAAUAGUUAAUAUCAUCCUUCAGGUAAGUGAAAUGAGUAGAAACCGCAACAACAUUUGUCCUCCUCUCCGCCAGUGUCCUGGCUGUGCUAGGACUGUACUGUAUCGUGAUGUCAAUUGCUAAAGCUUUAAUAAACAUUUGAAAAAGUAGUGCAUCAUGCAAGGAAACAAGUUGUAUAACAAUUUGUAGAUAUUUUUUCCUGGCAUAUAGUGACAAUAUACAGUGACGAUGUACUUUCCCAUGGGAAAAGCGGUCUGCAAGAGCUAAAUUAAAUAAAAAAUCCCCUCCCACUUACUAUAUAAAGGAACUCGCCAGGCAAUUCCCCUUCAGUUGUUCCUUGUCUCUGCACGAGACGGUACAAGGAAGAAGGGGAUUUGACCUGAUAGCUCCAGGUGGAGAGCUGAGUGGCCCGCUUCCAAAUUAGGGUUACAGAGUAAAGUCAGAAGAAACCUUUAAAGGUGAGUGUUGGUCCCGACAAGCAAGAAGAGUCAGCCCCGAGUGACGCAACUAUCAGACCUCGAGCCUGCACACAGUGGUGGAAUGCAUGCCCGGGAGGUCUUGCGUUGUGCCGAAGUUCUGAUCGCGCCACUUAUCUGCGUAAAUCGGAACUUGAAAAUCUUGUCUUCAAAUUCUGAAGGUAUGUAAAGCUGUGCAGAUCCUGACAGCAUGGAUGCUAAUCAAUGUACAUCUCCUGUAUCAUCAGUUCUCCACACGGGUCAGAGGUUUUUAAAGUGGGAGAAAUAGUUAACCUCUACUUUAAAAAAAGCAACACUGUUUUUUUUCUUUUGGUAUAGUUAUUAGGUUAUACUUUUUAUGUUUUUGCAGAUGUGUCUAGUCCUGUAUCUCUUGAGAGAAUGGACAAAGUUAUAGUGCCUAAUCCUGCACCUAAAAAGACUAACUCUAAGUCUAAACAUAUGGCCUGCAGUGAGUGUGCUGUUACAACAGGAGGUGAUCUAGAAGAUUCCAAAACAUCUAAGCAUUUGCUCUCAUCUUUUUCUGGUGUCCAAACAAGAUCAUUCCUUCUAACUAGUAUUAGACCAGAAGGAAUUAAACAAGCCUAUGCUAUAUCAAAAAUUUCGUAUGUAGGCUACUGUUGAUGGCCCACAUAUAACAUAAAGCAGACUUUAUGACCACCCUAGAGCUCAAAGACGCUUAUCUACACUUUCCAAUAGUGGUGACAUCAAGAACGUUUUGAAGUUUGCAUAAUAAAGAGGCAUGAAGACCUAUUAUUUUCAAUUCAAGGUCCUCUCCAUUUUGCUGUCUUCGGCUCCAAGGAUAUUCACAAAAGUCCUUACUCCUAUGACAGCUGCUCUGAGAGAACAAGGCAUAGCCAUACUUCCAUACCUGAACGAUCGGUUUAUAAAAGCAAAUUCAAAGCAUCUCCUGCUAGAAGAUGUACAGGAAGAGGCGAUACCGAGUGGUGCGCCUAUAUGAAUUUUAGAAGAUUAUGGUUGGAUUAUAAAUCCAGAAAGGUCUCAGCUGCAGCCUUCAACCGUUAUUCAGUUCCUGAGUCUUCUGAUCAAUUCAGACAUCCUAUCACUGCAUCUGACUUUUAAAUAAAAUAGAGAAGUCUCAUAUCUCCAACUAGAAUCCAACUGAUCCAUAAGAAAAAAGCAAUGAGUGUACUGGUUUCUCUGACUUUUUCUAUGCCGGCAGUCAAAUGGGCAAGGUCAGCCAUAAGACUUCUUCAGUGGGAGAACUUGACAAACUGGUCCAAAAGGGACAAAAACUUGAAUAUGACUUUCAGUAUCUGCACACGAGUACGCAAACAGUGGUGGAAUGAAUCCAAGAUCCUUUCAAAAGCACUAUCUUUCCAUCCCAGAAAUUGGAUUACUGUGACUACAGACACUUCAAAACUAGGAUGGUAAGCACUUCUUCAGACACAUAUACACCAAGGAGUUUUGUCCACAAAGGAAGCAAAUCAAUCAUAAUAUCACAAGGAACUAAAAGCUGUUGUAUAUGCCGUCAAACAGUUCAAGCCAUUGAUUUUGGCGAGAUCCAUCAGGAUUCAAUCGAACAACAUCAUGACAAUUUCUUAUCUAAACAGACAAAGAGGCACAGGAUUACUUAGAUGUGUCAGCUACGCAUGUAAGAGGCAUUAACAAUAUCAUUGCAAACAACCUCAGCACAGCAAAAUGCUCUCAGAUGGAAUGGUCCUUGCGUCAAGAGAUUUUCUCAAUUCUCAUAGAGCUAUUUGGGACUCCAGUAUAGGAUCUGAUGGCCAGAAGAGAAACCAAAAAGAUUUUGUAUUUGCAUCACUCUCCAGAAGAGAUUAUCCUCAUGGAUAAUUCCUAGAUGGAAUGUCUGUCAGAUGAUAUUUUGAACUGGCAUAUGUGUUCUUUCCAGUAAGUCUGUAUCACUCUAGAAAUUAGAAGAUCAGAACGGACAAGGAUGUAGUUCUAGCUAUUGUUCCAUAAUGGUCGAACUGAAGCUGGUUCUCGGAAUUGAGGAUGAUGGCUUCAACGUAUUGUGCACUUUCAAUCUCAACUCAGCUGAUAGAGAACAGGGAUCUACCUCUGGAAUUUCUUUCAAGAUAGUUUUGCUUCUGGUCUGAUUGUCUACUCUUAACCCCUUAAGGACACGUGACCUGUCAUGAUUCCCUUUUAUUACAGAAGUUUGGUCCUUAAGGGGUUAAAGCCCAUCUGUCUGCUUUGAGUAACUUCCUUGUUAAGGAUUUAGCUAAAAAUAUCCUGAUUCGUAGAUUAUUCAAGGCUACCAGACUUUUGAGACUCCCUCGCAAGUCAUUCUUCUCUGGGAUUUGGCUGUAGUACUGAAUGCACUUUACCAACCUCCUGCAUUUCAUUAAAGCUACUGUCUUUGAGAACUGUAUUUCUGGUGGCUAUCAUGUCAGCCAAAAGAGUUGGCCUCAAGAAAAGAAAUGGCAUAUGUUGGAUGUUACAAGCGCCUUGCAGAUAUACAUAGUCAAUUCUUCAAAUUUUAAAGAUUUGGACCAUGAAUUUCUAUGCAAUAUUUAGAGGAAAAGAAGCCUCUAACAAAAUGCUUUCCAGAUGGCUUGUGGAAAGUUGACUUAUUCUGCCAGUGGUCUUCUGUUACCUGUUUCACGAGACAUAUUUUCAUCCUCUGUGUAAGUUGCUUCAAGCUGUAGUUGCUUAAUGCCCACCUUGAUAUUUGGAAUCAUGCUAUAUCCCUACUGUGUACUGCCACCAUACGUCAAGAAAAGAUUAAAUUUUUACUGGCCGUAAAUUCUUUUUUUCCUUAAUAUGGUGGCAGUACAAUUAUUCCUUCCUAACUUGAUAAUACAAUUUUUAAAUUGCAGUAUUUUUUUUGUUAUGAACUGAAUGAGAAUUGCCUGGGAAGUUCCUUUGAUUCAGUAAGUGGGAGGAGUCUUUUGGUUUUAAUUUAUCUUUUGCAGACCGCUUAUCCCAUGGCGAAGUACAUGCCCACUGUGUACUGCCAACAUAUUAAGGAAAAAAAAUUACAGUAUGUAAAAAUUUCUGUUUGCUCUAUAUAAUUCAAUUCUGUGAUUUACAGAGUAGUAAUGGAUUCCCCUUAACCUUGUAGCAGAUUUCUGCUGAAAUUAAUACCUUCCUGGUAGAAUGAACGGACGUGUAAUAGAGCGAAUAAACUAAACAAAACGCAGAAUGAACAAUUGGAUAUGAGUCAAAAUCUGUGGUUAUAUAGCAUGUUGGAAAUAUAUCCAGUAAUUAUUGAUGAGUCAAAUAACUGAGAAAUGGGAGCUUAGGUAGGCCAGGUAAACCAUAAGUCCUGCGCUCACUCCUAUCACUACUGGGCCGGCAGCAAUGACUACAGUACACAUCAGCCCCAAUAUAAAGUUACCUGCGCUCUCUCCUUAAUCCCUAUGUAUAUUUAGACAAAUGGAGGUCAUUUAGUUGCUCCAAUGGCCAUUGGAGGGAAUGCAGGUAACUUUUUAUUUUCUUUAGUAUAGCUUUAGUUAUAUCUGUAUCCACUGUUAAAGGUUUUUAUAGUACUCCAAGUUAGUGUGACCAACGUUUCUCCCCAAUGGCACAUCACAGCAAAAGGAGAAUACCGUCAAACAUCUGCGAGAUAUAAUGUAUGAACAAUGCAAACAGUUGUGUGAAAUCAUGGACUUGGUGGUUUUAAUGACUGUGUAACUAUGUAUGUCAUCUUGUGCAAAAAAAUAUAUGUAUUAUAAGUGUGUUUUAUUAAAAAAUGUUUUUUCUUUAGCAGAUGGGUCAAUGGGAAGACCUACUCAUAAAGGAUUUCAAAGUCCUACUGUUACAUUAGAUGAUGCAAAUGAAUAUAAAAGUGACCUUAGCAGAAAUAAAAUACAGAAGACACAGAGCAACUCUGUACAAAAUGAGGAAGUGGAUUCAUCCUUGUCUGGCGAAGAAAAAAUUAAAGACAUUUCUAUACCUUCAGAACAUAUACAGACAUCUAUUUAUAUUAAGGAAGAACCAACAUCAAGUGAAGAAGAAAAUCUCACAGACAUUUAUACACCAGCACGGCAUACAAAUACAGAGUGUCCAUUUACUCAAUUUAGGGAGGAAUCCGCAACAACUAAAACAGUAAGACUUCUAGAUAGUGACAUUUAUAUGCCUACAGACCAUACAAAGACCGAAAAUACAUCUACUUGUAUUAAGGAGGAACCAAGCUCAAGUGAAGAGCUCACGGAUACUGAAAUUUGUACACCACCAACAGAGCAUUCAUGGUCUGAAUGUACAUCUGCUCAUAUUAAGGAGGAAUUAAUCUCAUGGGAGGAAAGGGAUGGUGUAAUCCGUGACCUCUAUACAGCCACAAAACCUGCUUGGACAGAAAAUGCAUCCAUUCUAAAAGAGGAAUUGGCUUCAUGUAAAGAAAGGAAUGUCACAGAUGUUGAAAUGUAUGCAAAUACACAACAUAUCCAAAUAUUGGAUAUAUUGAUUAAUACUGAAGAAGGUGCAAUGAAGACCAACAUUAAACCCAUCACAAUAGUGAUGGACAAUCAAUAUGAAAAAUCUGAUAUAUCUGUUUGUCAACAAAAUAGCAACUCUGGAAAGGAAUUAUAUACCUGCUCUGUGUGUCAGAAAUGUUUUACUAGCAACUUGGAAUUUACCAACCAUCAGGUGAUUCACACAGAGAAACAAUUUUCUUGCUCUCAAUGUGACCAAUGUUUCUAUAAUAAAUCAAGUUUUGUUAAACACCAGUGGAAUCAUCAUAUGGGAAAGAAACUAUUCCCAUGUUCUGAUUGUGAGAAAUGCUUUACUCGUUCCUCGGAUCUUGUUAAGCAUGAGAGGAUUCAUACAGGAGACAAACCAUUAUCUUGCACUCAAUGUGGCAAAUGUUUUCUAGAUAAAUCAAGCUUUGUAAAACAUCAGUGGAUCCAUAUGGGAAACAAACCGUUCUCCUGUUCGGAAUGUGGGAAAAGUUUUGUUUGUUCAUCCUAUCUUGCUAAACAUCAGAAGAUUCACACAGGAGAGAAACCAUUUCCUUGCUCUGAAUGUGGAAAAUGUUUUAGACGUUCCUCACAACUUGUUAUGCAUCAGAGAACUCACACAGGAGAGAAACCAUUUUCUUGUUCUGAAUGUGGGAAAUGUUUUGCUGUUAAAUCAAAUCUUGUAACGCAUGAGAAGAUUCAUGCAGGAAUUAAACCAUACUCUUGCUCUGAAUGUGGAAAAUGUUUUACUUGCAAAGCAAGUCUUGUUAUACAUCAGAUUAUCCACACAGGAAAGAAACUGUAUUCUUGUAUACAAUGUGGGAAAAGCUUUGCUCAAAAAUCAACUCUUUUUACACAUAAAAAGAUUCACACAGAAAGAAAACCAUUCCCAUGUUCUGCAUGUGGGAAAUGUUUUACUCAUAAGUCAAGUCUUACAUUACACCAACGUAUUCACACAGGAGAGAAGCCAUUUUCUUGCUCUGAAUGCGGGAAAUGUUUUACCAAUCGAGCAGAUCUUGUUAAACAUGAGAUGAUUCACACAGGGGAGAACCCAUUUCCAUGUUCUGAGUGUGGCGUAUGUUUUACUCAUAAGUCAAGUCUUACUAAGCAUCAGAAAACCCAUAUGGGGGAGAGCAAAAUUAUGGAAACUCAAUACAAAUGAGUUUUACUUUGAACUAAAUGACUGCUCUAAAUGCAGUUGCACAGUUGAAUCAUAGGGUUGAUUGCUAAUGUGUCUGGUGGGGUCUGUCAACCAAAAAACAGGUUUGACAAUAAGCCAUUUGAUAUGUGAAUUUCAAAGUCACAUAAGGCAACUUACCGGUGUGCCUCAUAAAGUAAAUGUAUUUAAUGUGUCAAGGGGAAUGGUCUCAACAAUAACUGCAAUGUAAGCUAGACAAGAUUUCUUAGAAAGGUGUUGAACCUCAUUUCAAGGGUUACUCAAAGCACCAUGACCACUUAGUUGAUUUGAAGUGAGCAUUGUAUUUGAAAAGUCUGUUUUUACCUUUUGAAAUGCUAUAAAGACAGAGAUGAAUUCCUCCACCUCUGUCAUUACCGAAUCAAGUUACAGGCUCGCUGAUGUCAAUUCUGUGCAAAAUUGGUGUCAGACACCUGCAGGCAUAGCAUGCCAAAAAUCCAAUGGUGCUAUGGCCCCACUCCCCAUGCUGCCCCUGUCCUAAUUUCAGUUCGUCCUCCCUAACCUUCCUUCCCUUCUGGAGAGGGGGAGUGACGUCAACUGAGGAGCAUCGGGGAGAACGUUAUGGAAGUGGAAGCGUAUAUUUAAUUUUUUUAAAUUAGGGGGAGGGCAUCUCAGAAAUAUUUUAAGCAGAAAAUUCACUGGAAAACAAAAAAGGAUCUUUUGUAACCUUUACAAAGCUGGGAUUUAUGUCAGGGCUAUAGUUUGAAUUAUGCCCACCGCAAAGCUUGGGUUUUCUUUUUGGUAAUAAAAAGUAAUAUAGCUUGAUAAAUCAUCUUUUACCAGAUUAAUAUUUGGAUAAAAUUGAAGGAUGUCUUCAACCCACUAUGGAUACAUGUCCAUGCUUAUUAUUAAAUAGGAUCUCCUAAUCAUAGUUAGUACUAACCCUCAGUAGAUGUUUAUGUAUACAAAUUACAGACAGGAUUCAAUAGCUUACCUCUGCUUUUAUAGGGGUCAAGUGCAUGUCUCUCUAUUUUAUAAAUAGCUGAUUUUCACCAGAGAUCAUCCAUUUUAUAAGUGCGCUAAGUUGCGCCCUCUCGUUUGUCUGACAACAAGGAACCUUUUUUUGUUCACAUGCUUUGAGGGAGCACUUAAAGUGAGUGCCACUCAUAGAGCAGCACGGGAUUCAAAGUUUUUUUUUAUGACAAGCAUUCUGUUGGCCUAGUGCAGCCAGUGAGGAUCUCCAGGGGUGCCGCUGAGCUACAUCAUGGAGAGUUUCUUGCCACUAGUUUAGAAGUAUUUUUUUUUUCUUUUUAAAGUAAAGAUGAACAUGGAGUGGAGGCCCUAAAUUCUAAAUUAACAAUGGAAGAACUCCGCGUUCUAAAUAAAUGUAUUUAUUUCUAAAGUUGUGUUCCUUUUAAUGUGGCAAAUGUCAUAUCUGUCUUUGCUGACACUGACAACCAGGCUGCAUUUACCAUUUUAAAAGUUGAGGAAAAAUAGACCUGCAAUCAGCUUUACAUGAAUGUAAUAAACUGUUUACUCCGUGCAUGUGUACGUCACAUUGUCUGAGCAAGUUUCCAUUUGGGGUUUAAUCACUAAACUGCAAAUUCUACUGAUUUAAAACACAGAAGAUGACUUACAUCUGUGUUGUUUUUCCCUAAAUUUUGUAAUUUGGCUUUUAGUUCACUAGAAUUUUCUAUUCAGUUAUUAAAACCCUUAAUGUUUCCUUACACCCUUUUUACACCAUGCUUGUUGUUGGACCUUGGUACUUAUAAAAACACCCUGCGAACAAAACCCACUUAGUGUCACCGAAGUGGUUUUAGUGUCUGGAGUUCACUGGCACCUUCUUACCUUUUAAGUGUUGGACAAUUUUUGAAAAGUGUAACACCUCAAUGAUGUACUCAGCCUAUCACUGGCUACUCAUACCGAGUAAAGCUUCAAGAACAUACAUUCAUUCCUGAAACAUUACUCGCAAUGUGCAACCACUGAUGGUCUGAGACUUUACAUCAAGAUGAACCAGAUGUAAAUGAUAGGGAACAGGGUGUAAUAUGAGUCUGCCCUGAUGGUCAUUUAUACUGUCACACUGAAAACUGCAGAGUUAUUUACUCAGCUGAGAAUCGCCAGGAAUUCUUUUAAAUUCAAGGCCAAAUUAGCUGAAUUAGAAAAAUUCUCCAAGACUUCUACAGUCAUGGGAGAAAGAAAGUACACCCUCUUUGAAUUCUAUUAUUUUGCAUAUCAGGACAUAACCAUCAUCUGUUUCUCAGCAAGUCUUAAAAUUAGGUAAAUACUAACAAACUACGCAUGACAUAUACUGUCAUGGUUUAUUUAACAAAGAUAAAGCCAAAAAGGAGAAACUGUACGCUUCCAGUUCAGCUUGUUUGGAGUUAAAUUUGAAGGUCACUUUGAAUUCCUAGGAAUUCUGACUUUACUUAAUAAUUUGUAUUUUCCAUCCCCUAUUACUCUGUGCGAGACAUUACAAUUUAACAGUAGCCAGUAACUGCUAGUUGCUAAUAUUGACAUUCUGUAGCACAAAACAGACAUAAAAAAUAAAAACUUUAACAAGAUUAAUUUAAAAUAUUAAAGGGACCCUAUAGUCACCAGAACAGCAGUUUAUUGAAUUUGUUCUGGUGAGUAGAAUCAUUACCUUCAGGCUUUUUCCUGUAAACACUGCCUUUUCAGAGAAAAUGCAGUGUUUUCAUUAUAGUCUAGUGAUAACUUCACUGGCCACUCCUCAGAUGGCUGUUAGAGAUCCUUCCUGGGUCAUGGCUGCCUAAAACGCAUCCAAACAUUCAGUUUCUCCUCCCUCUGCAUGCAGACACUGAACUUUCCUCAUAGAGAUUCAUUGAUUCAAUUCAUCUCUAUGAGGAGAUGCUGAUUGGCCAGGGCUGUGUUUGAAUCAUGCUGGCUCUGCCCCUGAUCUGCCUCUUUGUCAGUCUCAGCAAAUCCUAUGGGGAAGCACUGUGAUUGGAUCAGGCUACCACUUCUGAUGAUGUCAGCAGGCAGUGGGCCAGUCUAAAGCAAACCGGGACAAAAUAUGCAUCUGAAGACUUGAAUACAGUAAGAUUUUACUAUUUUUAGGGAGGCAUAAGGGGGCCAGGGGGGCUAGAUGGUGGUUUUAACUUUAUAGGGUCAGGAAUACAUGUUUGUGUUCCUGACCCUAUAGUGCUCCUUUAAUAGUUUGUCUGUAACUAAUAGUGACAACAACAGAAAAAAAAGUCACACGGCUCUUGUUAAAUUUCCAUGUUCAUCAUCCCUUAAAGGACCACUCUAGGCACCCAGACCACUUCAGCUUAAUGAAGUGGUCUGGGUGCCAGGUCCAGCUAGGAUUAACCCAUUUUUUUUUAAUAAACAUAGCAGUUUCAGAGAAGCUGCUAUGUUUACAAAUGGGUUAAUCCUUCCUCCAAUUCCUCUAGCGGAUGUCUCAUUGACAGCCGCUAGAGGCGCUUGCGUGAUUCUCACUGCGAAAAUCACAGUGAGAACACGCAAGCGGCCAUAGGAAAGCAUUAUAAAUGCUUUCCUAUGCGACCGGCUGAAUGCGCGCGCAGCUCUUGCCGCGCGUGCACAUUCAGCCAAAUGGGAGGAAUGGAGGAGGAUCGGAGGCGGAGAGCUCCCCGCCCGGCGCUGGAGAAAGGUACGUUUUUACCCCUUUCCUCUCCCCAGAGCCUGGCGGGAGGGGGACCCUGAGGGUGGGGGCAUCCUCAGGGCACUAUAGUGGCAGGAAAACGAGUAUGUUUUCCUGGCACUAUAGUGGUCCUUUAAUGAACUGGAUACCUUCUGUUCUUUUGAAAAAAUGUGCAAUUCGCAGUUACUUGAUGGCAUUUCAGAAAGUCUUUCUCAAGGUGUUUUCUGAAAGCAAAAAGUAGUCAUACUUUUUAAUGUGUCUAUGACCUUGUUUAGUUUUCCAUUAUUUUGGCCAUUCUCUUUUAGAGUCAUGCAGAAUGCAGGCAGUGAUUUACCUGUUCACAUUGUACAUUGGAAGGAAUUAGUGUUACACAACAUGCAAUAGAACAGCUAUUUUCAAAUACUUUGUUAUUCUACCCCAUACUAACAGAGGAAGUAUGUUAAAUGCACCUAUUUGGGGUUUUAACAGACAAAUACCUUAAAGUAACACUGCAAACACCAUAACUACUACAGUAUACUGUACUGGUUAUAGUGCCAGGGGAUAGAUUUAUAGCAGUUGGAUUGCUGCCAGAUACCACUUCCUGCAUUUACUAAAACCUUUUCUCUAGUCAAAAGUCCUCUGUCGAAGCUAAGCACAGUAGUGAAGGACACUGGCUGAGAGCAAUUAGGGCAGCUCAGAUGCAAUCUAGAUAAGACAGGCCAAGGGUGCUAAAUAUGAACUAUAAAGAAUACUGAUUGUGUUGUAUUAAUUAACUGCUCUGUGAUGGCUAUUGUCAAAAUACAUAUCAAUGAACCUCAGGUUUCAAAAGAAUAGUAGAUUUUCUGUUAUCAUUUGAUUGCCUAAUUAACGGUAAUUUUUAACUCAACACUAUUUUUUAUUUGAUUUGUAGAAAAGCAAAAAGUCCCUAAGAGAGACUGUAUGCUGUGUUGAGGGAUCCUCAAUAAGGGGGUAACCCUUAAAUUUCACACAAUUUGUAUACAAAAUUGUCCAAGGGACUCCAGGUCCAGCGGACAAACGGAUCCCUGAUGGAUAUGAACAGAAAUGCUUAAUUUUUGUUUUGGUGAUUGGAAGUCCUCCUUUUCCUAAUAAAGUUGUACAUUUAUACAUAUAUUUUUUUUCUGUUCAUAUCCAUCAGGGAUCCAUGUGUCCUUUGGACAAUUCUGUAUACAAAUUAUUUGAUUUGUAUAUCAAUCAUGAAAAAUACAGCAAUUUGUUUGUCAGACAUGAAAUGCUAUCUAUAAAAAAAGUUUAAAUAAUUAUGAGACUAAUUGUCUUUAUUGAUUCAUUUUUUUUCUUCACACUUGAAAUGUCCACACACAACAUUUUAUUUUUUGUUGUAGCCAUAGCAAAUGCUCAAGCUGCCAUUCCUAGGUAGAUGAGUCAAUGCUGUGGUCUUUGGGGUGCAUGGAUCUCUCUACGUGCCCUCUUCUUCUCUAUGAAUAUUUCUCUGUCGGAAGAAUACAAUAUUUUGACAUUUCAUCCAAGUAUUCUCACUCUUCAAAAGCAUUUAGACACAGCAUCACAAGGGAAAGGUUACGGAACUUCGCAGCCGCAUUGUGGACUAUCAUAAAUACCACCAAUAACUGGAGGUAAUCUGAAAGUUUUAUAGUACAAAAAACAACUUUACUUUUUUGAUCAUAUCACUGCACUGUUUUAAUAUGUUUACAUGAUGUAGAAUGUUUUUUUCCUGUUUGACAUGAUGUAGAAUGUAUGACAUUGCUCAGGUGAAGAGAUGUGAGGUGGUGAAACGCGGUCUUUAAAAAAAGGAAACGAAGAGUCAAAAAAGGAAAAUGGGUCCUAAAAAAGAAAGCUCAAGAGGUGGACAAACCUGAAAAAUCUGAGAAGUCAAAACCCAGUAACACCAGUACCUUUUCCUAAAAAGCAAAUAUAUCUCUCCCUAAAGAUCAUAGAAUAUCACUCCCCCCAUAUCAACACGAAACAUCCAAUGUAUCCUCUCAAUUAAAAAAAAAGUCUUUGUCUAGCAAAAGUAAAACGUUUUCUCAGGAAAGCCUGAUUGCAGCUCUUGAUGACCUGUAUGAGAAAAUUCAAACUGAUUUCAAGACACACAUAUCGGAGUUAAAAUCUGAGGUACUUGAAUUGAAGCAGAAAGUAAUGGAAGGUGUGAAGAAGUAA